ACAUGCUUUUUUAGCAGCUGAUGAGUGAAAGAGGGGAGCGCGCAGGUGUGGAGCGCGCAGCUCACUCGCUGGACGGACGCGCGCCUUCUCUCGAGCCAGAAUCCUCUUCGUGCUCUUUCUUUGUCAUUUUCCUGCUUUCGAAGGUGAAUUCUGAUGGAAUAUUCUCGUUUAUAGUUGAAAAUAUGUCGGCAAAAUGGAAAACCGAAGGAAGGAAAGGGAGUUUCAAAGGACAUUUCAGUGACUGUGAUUCAAGCUUUUAACUGAUUAAUUAUCUUGCUGAUUUAUAGGUCGUCUACGAGGAAUAAAACAGCAUUUUUCUUUUUACCGGGUCAAAAGAAUACUGCUCAGGUUUCCACACUCAAGGAAUAUGCUGAAAUAUCUUACAGCCAAUUUAAAUUAAAAGUUCUUAUUAAUAUCGAGUGGAAUAUAUAUUUUCUGGAGAUGGAUACGAUGAAGGAACGAGUUUUGGUCCCCGGGAAGGAACGAUUGAGGAAUCUGGCCGGGAAAACCCUGGGACACAUGCACAGGGUGAUGGAGAAGAAGCAGAAAGCGGGUGAGGUGAUCGAGCUGACGGAGGAAGGGCGGCCCGCGCCGCUGCAGCAGAAGAAAGCGCCGCUGUGCGACUGCACGUGCUUCGGGCUCCCGCGCCGCUACAUCAUCGCCAUCAUGAGCGGCCUCGGCUUCUGCAUCUCGUUCGGGAUCCGCUGUAACCUCGGAGUCGCGAUCGUCGGCAUGGUCAAUAACAGCACCGUUCACAGGGGCGGCAAGAUCAUCGUCACAGAGAAAGCGAAGUUUAACUGGGAUCCGGAGACGGUGGGAAUGAUCCACGGCUCGUUUUUCUGGGGUUAUAUAGUGACACAGAUCCCAGGAGGAUAUAUAUCCUCACGACUGGCUGCCAACAGGGUGUUUGGUGCUGCUAUCCUGCUCACGUCGACGCUCAAUAUGUUCAUCCCCUCUGCUGCUCGUGUGCACUACGGCUGUGUCAUGUUCGUCAGGAUACUGCAGGGCCUCGUCGAAGGUGUGACCUACCCAGCAUGCCAUGGGAUUUGGAGCAAGUGGGCUCCCCCCCUCGAGAGAAGUCGUUUAGCCACCACCUCUUUUUGUGGUUCAUACGCGGGCGCUGUGGUGGCCAUGCCGCUGGCGGGAAUAUUAGUGCAGUACUCAGGCUGGUCUUCUGUCUUCUACAUAUAUGGCUGUUUUGGGAUUCUCUGGUACAUGUUUUGGAUUCUGGUUUCAUAUGAGAGCCCAGCAGAUCAUCCCACCAUUACAGAUGAAGAGAGGACUUACAUUGAGGAGAGUAUUGGAGAAAGUGCCAGUCUAAUGGGGGCGUCUGAGAAAUUCAAGACACCCUGGAGGAAGUUCUUCACCUCCAUGCCGGUCUAUGCAAUCAUCGUGGCCAACUUCUGCAGGAGCUGGACCUUCUAUCUGCUGCUCAUCAGUCAGCCAGCGUACUUUGAAGAAGUGUUUGGCUUUGAAAUCAGUAAGGUCGGUAUGGUCUCUGCUCUGCCUCACCUUGUCAUGACCAUCAUAGUGCCAAUCGGUGGUCAACUGGCUGACUUCCUGCGCAGCAAAAACAUCUUAUCCACCACCACCGUCAGGAAAAUCAUGAACUGUGGAGGUUUUGGAAUGGAGGCCACUUUGCUGUUAGUGGUUGGUUUCUCUCACAGUAAAGGUGUGGCCAUCUCGUUUCUGGUGCUAGCUGUUGGUUUUAGUGGCUUUGCUAUAUCAGGUUUUAAUGUCAACCACUUGGACAUCGCGCCAAGGUACGCCAGCAUACUGAUGGGCAUUUCUAAUGGAGUGGGCACUCUCUCCGGUAUGGUCUGCCCUCUCAUUGUAGGUGCUAUGACCAAAAACAAGACUCGUGAGGAAUGGCAGAACGUGUUCCUGAUUGCCGCGCUGGUGCAUUACGGCGGUGUGAUCUUCUACGGGAUCUUUGCAUCCGGCGAGAAGCAGCCGUGGGCCGAUCCGGAGGAGACCAGCGAGGAGAAGUGUGGCUUCAUCGAUGAAGACGAGUUAGCGGAGGAGACUGGUGACAUCACGCUGAGCCACGCUCCUUUCGGGGGCCCCGCCAAAACAUAUGGGGCCACGACGCAGCUGAACGGGGGAUGGGCCAAAGGAUGGGAGAAAACUGAGGAAUACAUCCAGGAGGACACCGAGCAGACGUAUAGAGGAGACCGGUACUCCUAGAUCUUUAUUCACAAUGAGUCAAGGCAAAUCUUUAAAAAAAAGGUCAAAGCAAAAAGAUAUAUGAGUGAUUAUAGACACUGUACUUAACAAGCAUAGCUACAGGAGUCUGAGAUGUUUUUGAAAAGAGUCUUUAUCUAGUCUGAAGUGAAUAGAGAAGAUAUUUAAAGAGAAUAAUGAAUUCAGAGAUAUUUGAUUAGAAUAUACUGGUAAUUAUAUGAAAAGGUCAUAUUUAGGAUUAUAUAAAGAAUAUAUAUGGCUAUGUAAAUGUUUCCUUUAAAAAUACAGAUAUGUUGAGUUAUUACUGUGGUUUAUGACAUUUAAUCAACUGACAAUAUUUAAUAGCACAGACAUCUGUAAUCAAAGCACAGGUCUUUUUUGCAGGUUUAGACUAGUUUUGUUUUAGUUUUGUGUCUUCUACUGUAUCUUUGGCAGGUGAGUAGUUUAGUUGAAUCGGUCAGGACUAAUCAGAGUAGAGUAGGGUAGUUUAGAUCAGCUUUGUUUUGUUCAAAAGAAACAAUUGUUUCACUCUGGUUUACAGAGCUCUUGCCAUUGACCUUACAGAAAAUAUGCAAGAUUUGGGUUGUUUAACUAUAUUAUAUAACUUAAUACUUACAAAGAAUGCUGUUUAUCAGUAUGUACCUGUACUGUAUUACACAUUUUAAACUAGUCCCUUUAUUUGGGACAAGGUAGAGCAAAAUAGACAUUUACUGUUUGAUGCAGAAAGAAUCUAAAAUAGCACAAAUUUGCAAAACAUACCUGCUAUGAUGAUGUGAAUGAUGAUGUGUAUUAAAAUAAGUGUGAAAUAUAUUGAUAAACCUUUAAAUGUUGAAACAUCCUAAAGUACACUUGAGAAUUUUUUAAAGUGCAAUCUUGUAUAAGUUUUGUUCAGCUAUAGUUACAUCAACAAUACAUUCAAGUGUGUGCUUGGCAAUACAGUCCUGUAUUUUAAGUGGUAUUAAGCUGGUCUUCAUUUAAAAUGUUCCAUUUCAACCAACCAUAUGAUGACAAACCCGUCAUUUUCUAAGAUACCUUGAAUGCACUGACAUGUUGUUAUUUGGGAAAACAAGUGAUUUCUAUCUUAAGUAUGUGUUUUGACAUGGAUUUACUGUUUCUGUGAGACUGUUGUGAAUCUGGGUCAGUGAUAUCUGUGCUUACUGUUCUUAUUGGGCCAUAGCUAUCAUAGAAACUGGUAUUAAAAAAUGAGGCUGUCCAUUUGGGAUGUAUAUUGUGCCAGUGAGAUCAUUCCAUGCGUAUGGUCAAAUCCUGAUCAUCUGAUGUAUUUAAGUGUUGCCAUGCAAAGCUGACGUAAUAUGUUGAGUGAAUUUCACAAAACCUGUCAGGAUGUGCAGGUUCCAUCUCACCUAAAAAGCGAAUUUUAUAUUGCAUUAAGAAAAUUAAGACACCCCCCCCCCCCCC